GCCGAGGCGCCAGCUCGGGGGUAUAAAAAGCGGCUCUGGGUGAGAGGAGCGCAGCAACAGAUAGCGGAGGAACAUCCAACUGCGAGUCGCACACAUCUAGGACAUUAUAAAAAGAAAGGGGGAAUUCCUGAUCAUUAUUCACUUUUUUUUAUUGUUUCUACCGGACCUCAAUCUAUUCCGGACUUGACUGUCGCAGAGAAGAGACAUUUUGCAUUUCAUAUUUACAUUUAUUCUCCAUCUAAAAAAAAAAAAAAAGAACAUAUUUGGACCGGAUCUCCAAAUAUCCUCGGGGCUUUUCGUUUUUUUCGGGAAAACAUGCUCAACAACGUCGAUUUGAACUCUCAGGACUCUUUCUACCCCCAGUUUGACACCUGUAACGACUCAGCCAUCGGGAUGAUGGACACUAAGGAGCAUCAGGAUGUCUUUAUGGACGCUGAGCGCACAGCACCUACUCAGUUUGCACACGAUACUACAGUCACUCCCAAAACGGAGCCCACCAGCGCGGAUCAAUACUCCUCCUGUCACGGCCCUAAGGGAAGCUACGACGCCUCGCUGUCCUACUCGGGCAGUUUCUACGUGGAGGCGUGUCAGGGCGCCCCCUGCAGCGCGGAAACGCUGCUCAACAUGAUCACCGAGAUCGUGGGCAUCUCCGCGGGCCCACUUCCAGAAGCGCAGCAGCAGCAGCAGCAGCAGCAGCAGCACCAACAGCAAAGCGACACGAGUGCACCCCAGGAACCUCCGUCCUCUGAGCCUGGGACCUUCCCAGUGGUCGUGAAAAGUGAGUUUGAGAACAGUGGAGGCUGUUAUUAUGAAUGGAACUCCUUCGGGAAAGCUGACAAUUAUGGUUUUCCAACAUCUGGCGAUUUUUCAUCCGAGCAGCAGCAGCAGCAUCAGCAUCAUCAGCAUCAUCAGGUGGAUAUGAAAGAGCUGCUGGACUCGCUGUCCAACCCUGACAUGGAGUUCAAGGUGGAAGCCGGGAUUAAGCAGGAGCAAGGCUUCGGGGAUGCUUGUGGCCAGAGUUUUGGUGCACCUGCGUUUAACUACUCUGUCAUGGACGCACCAUCAAACAGCCUCCUGAAACCGGGCGUGUUCCCAAACUUCCAGCCCAUCCCUGCUCCGGGACAGUGCGAGCCUCCGACCUACGCGACCUCCACCAUCGACUCGCUCCUGUACUCCACCCUGCUUCCCCCGGAGCCGUUGGCACCGAGCCGCGCACGCGCCCCGAAGCGCAAGAACAGCGCCGCCGCCUCCGCUUCUCCCUCCGCCGCCAAGGAGAAGCCCUUCACGUGUCCGAUGGGCUCCUGUGACCGGCGCUUUUCUCGCUCGGACGAGCUCAACCGGCACAUCCGCAUCCACACGGGCCACAAGCCGUUCCGGUGCCGCGUGUGCGCGCGCAGCUUCAGCCGCAGCGACCACCUCACCACGCACACGCGUACGCACACCGGCGAGAAGCCGUUCGCGUGCGACGUGUGCGGGAAGAGGUUUGCGCGCAGCGACGAGCGCAAGCGGCACGGCCGUGUGCACCUCCGGCACAAGGAGAAGACGCAGGAGCUCGGCGCCUGGCCCUUCGCCCUCCCGGAGGCCAUCUGAGUAACGAGUGCAACCAAAAUCCGGUGCCAAAAUGCGCUUUGUAUUUGGUGUGCGCACGAUCUGGGGAAGAUCUACGGUUGAUUAGGUUCUUGGUCGGAGGCUCCACGUGCACUGUGCGCAUGUACUUAGUUAUUUAUUUAUUUCUUUUCUGUCGGCCCUCUUCCCAAAUAAUAAAAAAAUACCCUGCACACAAAACAAAAAGGUUCCUGGAAGAUCUUUUAUGGGUUUUAAUGCACGGAAUCCUUAAAAGUGCCUCCAGGAACUUCGUCGGAAAGGUUCUUAAAAACUAAAAUGGUUCCCAUAAGAACAGUCCUAGUGGAACCUAGUUUAUAGAGUGUGCACAUUUUUUUUUUCUUUUCAGGUGGAGUUGUGUUUAAGCACAACUGAAACGAAAUGAAACAUUUGCGAAACAGACUGAACCAUUUUCGCCUUCCAGAGGGGACACUGUUAUGGAGAAGGCCUCUAAUAUUAUGGAAAUAUGAAUGGAAAGUUCAUAUUAAUCUACUUCCUCUACUAAUAUCAGCUUAUAACUUUGAAUCAGAGACCAAAAACACACAGUUUUUCUUUUCAUUCCAGGCUUUUGUUUUGCUCUGGAGGAGCUGGAUGGAGGACGUUUUUUACGCAAAGGAGCGAGCUGGAAAAGAGUGCCAGAACUCUUUUAGUGAAAGGGGAAAAGGGGAUCUUCCCUAAAGAAAAUGCCCUUCGCGAUGCUUGCUGUGUGUGCAGCGACUGCAUAAACUCUUUUAACGUUUAACUUUUGUGCUCCAGGUUGUUUGCAGAGCAGCCAAACGCUUUCCAGCUGCAGUUCAGCACUUUGACUCCGGAACAGCUCCGACCUCGAGUUCUUUUUACUUUUUUUUUUCCUUUCCUUCCUUCCUUUCUUUUUAUUUUCUUUUCCUGCGCUGGAUCGUAUUGCACUUCUCUCCAACUUUUGUGCUUUUUGAUAUUGCAUGUUUACUGUUCAUGUAAUAUGAUGAUUAAUAAGCUAAUGUAAUAAUCGAUGCCUCACUGCAGAAGUGAGACUUUACCUCGUUUCUACAUCAUGGUGGUGGCUUUUUCGCCUUUGGAACUUGGACACACCACGACUUGUGGUUCAUUUGUGCCAAGGGGUCCAUUUUCUUUUCCUUAAAUUAGUGUCAAUUUACGUGUUUAUUUUCAUUGCAAUGCUAUUGAUUGAAUGGUUAAAAUUGUGUUGUUUGAUAAGGAAGUUAUUCUACUACAGCUGUCAGUGCAAAAAUAAAUAUAUUUAUAUGGCUAUGUAUGAUUAUUUGUAUUUUUGUAUUUUUCUGUUUGUCUGGAUAUUCAAGAUGAAAGUUUAUUUCUAACCUUCUAAACUCACAGUGUUUCCUGUGUGUAGUAUAUUAACGGGAAAUAAAAAGCAGACCUCCACACGUAAAAGCGUGAAAGAGUUAAAGACUCCUGAACAAGUGUACAAGUUUACAUGGCAGAGACACAAAGCAUUUCUGUCCACUUAGAAUCCAUGUUUCGUUGUUUGACAGACCCCUAGUUUGUGUAUGUACAUAAAUGAAUGAAUUAUGAAUCAUCUAGCUCACAUGGCUCUUGUAGUGUGUAAUAAUGUAAUGAAGACUAGAAUAGCACCAGGCUGGACAUUGCUGUUGAGUAACUUAGGUAGCACACAUUGCUGCAUUUUCUUUUUUUUUUUUUUCACUAGUUCUUCUACAUGAAGGUAAAAGGUGUCAUCACAGUUAGAACACAACUGUAUUGUGAAUUGUUUAAAAAAAAAAAAAAAAAAAGAACAAAUGAAGGAACGAACGAAGGGGAAAUGUUUAUGGGAAACUUGCCUUAAAUUAUUUUUAAUCUCUUCCUAUACUGGGAGAAUAAAUUUGUAUAU